ACUGUCAAAAGUCCAAUCGAUAACUUUAAUACGACUUAUCAUCACUAUUAUUAUCGAAAGUUUUUCCUCGUUUUGCUGCGGUGCGGUGAUUUUGUAAUAAGAAUUUUCCAUUAAUUUAAUAAUUUUAACUGUAAAAGAGUUUACAUAACAAUGGCUGCUCAAUUUUUCAACCGCAUCGGCCAGUUGGGUUUGGGUGUCGCCGUUCUAGGCGGUGUUGUCAAUUCGGCAUUAUAUAAUGUUGAUGGUGGCCACCGUGCUGUUAUUUUCGAUCGUUUUACCGGUGUCAAGAAUGAGGUGACCGGCGAAGGUACACAUUUCUUCAUACCCUGGGUACAACGUCCCAUUAUUUACGAUAUUCGCUCCCAGCCUCGCAAUGUUCCCGUUGUGACCGGUAGUAAGGAUUUGCAAAAUGUCAACAUUACAUUGCGUAUUUUAUAUCGUCCCAUUCCCGAUCAAUUGCCAAAGAUUUACACAAUUUUGGGUCAAGAUUACGAUGAGAGAGUAUUGCCCUCCAUUGCUCCAGAAGUUUUGAAGUCUGUGGUGGCUCAAUUCGAUGCCGGUGAAUUGAUUACACAGCGUGAGAUGGUAUCUCAACGCGUCUCUGAGGAUUUAACAGAACGUGCUAAACAGUUCGGUUUUAUUUUGGAUGACAUCUCCAUUACACAUUUAACUUUCGGUCGCGAAUUCACUUUGGCCGUCGAAAUGAAACAAGUAGCUCAACAAGAGGCCGAAAAAGCUCGUUUCGUUGUAGAAAAGGCUGAACAACAAAAAUUGGCUGCCAUUAUUUCCGCCGAGGGUGAUGCCUCCGCUGCUGAACUUUUGGCCAAAUCCUUUGCUGAUGCCGGUGAUGGUCUUGUAGAAUUGCGUCGUAUUGAAGCCGCUGAAGAUAUUGCCUACCAACUAUCCAGAUCCCGUGGUGUUGCUUAUUUGCCUGGCAAUCAAAAUACCCUUCUUAAUCUUCCCUCCCUGGCCCAAUAAAUUUUGUGUUAAAUUUGAAAAUUAAGUUUUAGCAUUUAAAUGUUAUCCAGCUACACUCGUAUGGCCUCCAUCGCCCAGUUAUCAUAUAAAAUUUCAAAACUUUUUUCGUAAAAAAGUUAUUUUUUUUUUAGUUUUUUGUUGUAAAGAGAACCAUUUGUUUGUGGUUUGAAGAAACUCUUAAAAAGGGUUAUUUGAGCACUUUUUUAUAACAGUUUUAAGUAAAAUCUGAAUAAUUCAAAUGAUUUAUAAUUUUAGGAAAACAUAAUAACCUUACUAAACAAGGAUUUUUCACAAUGUUUGUUGGUUAGCAUUCAAAAGGAUUUAUUUUUAUUACUGAAAAUCCUAAAACUAACAAAUUUACAAUAUUAACUUGCUUUGUUUAUUUUAAACAAGCAUUUAAAAAAUUCUUGUUUGUACCUUUAUUAACUUUCGUAUUGGUCUAAGCAUUUGUUAUGUGACAUAAUAAAUAAAACAAACAAAAAAAAUGUUUAAAAAAAUUUAAA